UUUGUUCCAAGUGCGGUUUAGGUAGUUUGUGUGACGUGUAUACUCCUUUAUGUGAUAAAUUAAUUUAAAGAAACCGGUUUAAUUUCAUCGCACAUUGACUUUAUUGGGAUUUUUCCGUUUAUAUCAAAUAUAUUUUAAGUAAAUUAUAGUUAUUAAAAUGGCAUUGAAAUAUGUAAUAUUCGUAAUUUGCCUCGGUACGGUAUGGGCCCAAUCAGAACCAUCGAUCUCUGACGCUAUCAACAAACUUCCUCCUGAAUUACAAGGAAAGGUGGAUGAGAAGCAAGUUGAUGAACUAAAAAACAAGUCAAUGCAAGCUUUUAAGAAAAAAUGUGAAGAUAAUGGAGGGCCCAAUGCUUACCCACAAAGCGAGAAAGCAUUUUUAGGUUUCGCCGAAUGUCUGAAGGAGCUGGUGGAUCCUGCAAAGUUACAACAAGAGAUCGAAGAUGCGAAACCGACCGGUCAAGUAGACGAAGUCUUCAAGAAAUAUUGCGAGAAGACACCAUCUUUCAAAAAAUGCUUCCGUAACAUGACCGAGUCGAUAAAACCUUGCUUUACCGUCGAGGAGCAAAAGAACCUAAAAACCGUCUACAACAUAUCAGAACAACUAGCUGAGUUCGUCUGCUUCAAGGAAGGAGAUAGAAUCGCACUUUUCAUCGCCGAAAAUGGUCCAGAAUGCUUCAACGAGAAAAAGAAUGAGAUCGAAGCUUGUUUGAAUAAAACCCUCGGUUCGGAUUUCAAAUACGAUCAGAACAAUUUCUCUAUAGAAAACAUUCCAGAAGUCAAGUUUGGGGAUAAGGAAUGCGAUAAGUUUGCUGAUCUACAAAUCUGCAUUGUGAGCGCCUUAGAAACAUGCUCUACACCUACUUCGGCUAACAUUGUAGAGUCACUGUUCAAAUUCGCCAGAAAAUCUACUCCUUGCAAGGAAUUACCCGACUCUACACAAAAGAACAAUCCGAACUCGGCCGACCGAAUCACUUUCAACUCUUUAGCUUUGGAUUCAACACCACUGCAGGCGCCAGCCCCAUACACGGAAAUCAAAAUCAUUUACUGCUUUCUUCACAUCCACACAACCAAGGGAUUUUGAAAUAUUGUUCAGAUUUAAAAACACGCGUAAAAGAUUUAGUUUAUGUACUACAUUUUUAAGUAAGUACAAUUUCAGUUCGAGACACAUUUUGACAGUCUUUUCACACUUUUUAAUAAAAUAUACACUGUA